GACGACCUCAUAUGUGGAAUAAAAGCAUUGCUGACUCACUUGAGUUUGACAAUAUACUGAUCGGGCGCGUCGAGGAGGUAAACCGUGCCCCAUCGUUGUGCGAUUUAUAUAUAACAUAAGAAAGAUGAUGCUUUCAAACUCAAGGGUACACCUUUCAGUAAAAAUGCACAAAUCCCGGCUAUCAUUGAAGAUGCUCGAAAGAAACUUUAUCCUAUUAUAAAAGGAAAUCAUUUACAUUAGGAUCCGUGGGGAGACCAAAUGGUACAUUGGAAUUUGACCAAACAUCGGUUAAUUUUCUCCUUUUUUUUCAUUCGGUCGUUGAUUGUUACAAUUGUGUAGAACAACAGGUUUACGUAUUUUGAAUGCCUUGGGCAAUAGUUUGAUUGAUAACACAUUUUAUAGUGUGCUAUGUAAUACUGAUUCCAUGAAUUUUGUUAACACUUGUGAAGUCGGAGAUGUUAAUGCAUUUUGACCACGUACAACAUUUUUGUAACUUAAUAAUCAAGGCCGAAAAUUGCAAAUGUUGUGAUAAUGAUAAAAGAUCUACUACAAUAAAUACUAUCUCUAAGACAAUAGUGUUACCAAGGAAUUGAAAACAGUUUUGUAUAUGCUUUGCCAUCAAAGAACCAUGCGAUUCCAGUAAAAGUACUGAUCAUUGUCUUGAAGUUUUGGUUGAUAAUAUCAAUUCAUUUAACCGUUUUUGUUUGAAAAAUAAUGAAGUCCUAAACCAUAAUUGUUCCAGUCACGAACUGGAUAUUUCUCUGAUCGUUAACCUAUACCGUAAUUUAUCUAAUUGCAAACCUGUUCAAACGGGUGACUUGUCACUUGAUGAUUUUUUCAAUCAUUUUAAAGACUUAGCUGAUAUCACAGCUGAGUCACAUUUUAUGAUCAGCAUAAUAAGUAGUAAUGAUUGUCUGUUCUGUACUAGCCGAUCAGUCUAGUACACUCGAGUUAGAUACAGCUACGAAGUGUCUAUCUAUAACGGGAAGUUUGGUGGUAUAGAUAUGUUAUUAAACGAGUAUUCCAUUGAAUAUAGUGACUUUUAUCCUGUAUUUUAAAAUUAUUCAAUACUAUUUUGCGUGAUUCAUAUUUCCCAGUCAUAGGUACAUGGUUUUGUUUACAGCCAUACAUAAAGGGGGACAAAAGCCAUUAUUAGUCAUUUGGCUAAGCUUUACAUGCCCCUUCUAAAUAAACGUUUACUGACAAGGAGGGAAAAUGAAAAUGUAAUUUCUGACACUCAAUUUUUAUUCCGACCCGGAAGUGGAAUUUUUGUGCUAAAUGUUUUAAUUUAUACAAAACUUUUCAGAGUAACAAAAACAACUCUACUGUAUUCCUGUUGGUUAUAAAAGGUUUUCGAUGAAAGCAUAUCGCAUGACAGAUUAUGGUUUAAGCUAUAGAGGUCAUGGUGGUUAAUGGGUCGACUGUUAAAUGUCAUUAGAUCUAUUUAUACGUACGAUUCAUUCUGAUCUGAAUAAUAUCAGUAAUUGUUAGAUAGCUUAUACUUACUAAGUACUAAUUACUAAAUGUGACGUAAUCCGAUACCGCUGUAGAUAUUUGUAUCUUGUAUUUAACAGUCUAAGUUUACAUCGAAUUACGCGAUAUACAUUGUAAAACUAGGUUGUGAUAACUAUGUCGGAUUUUUCACGUCGAAAAUCUUACUUGUUUCUGGGUUAAGUAUUCUUCUCAUCACUUUCGGAAAUAUUUAUCUAGGCCGUUAUAUCAAUUUCCCUAACAAUCCGACUUUUAAAUCACUGUCAGACUCAGUUUUGCCUAUUGACAGUCUGAUCACGUUUAUAAUUGAAUAGAUAUUGUAGAUUGGAAAAAGAUUGACAUUUCAUUUAUUACCACAUCUAAAACGUCUUAUACCAUACAAAACAUGUUAUUACAUACCCCCACUACGUUGUAGUAGAUAUCGGAUAAUUAUUUUACACCAUUAUCCACGCUGUAUUGAUUUAAACCAAUGUCGAUUUCCUAACUUCUCUUCAAUAUAAUAUUUUUGCUCAUACCAUCGGUAUUAGUUAUAUCUAACGAGUACUAAACAUGUAUAGUAUGUACCAUGUUGUAGUGCCAGCAGGGAUAAGGAUACUUCCACUAUUAUCCAAAAUUUGCCAAGUUAAUUAAAUUACGGGGGUAUAAGUACAUAUGUAUUCUACUCCUCCUUUAUUUUAACAUUUUUUGUUUGUUUUUUGUUUGUUUUUUGUUUUUUCGGGGUUUUUUUUAACAGCUGUAUAAUGCCGUUUUAUAUCGGAUGUAUGUUGUAUCACAGAAUUGAUGUAUGAAGGCACUAACCACUGGUGUGUCUUUUUGUACAAUACUUCAUCAAUCAGUAAAACAUAAAGACUGUUGUAUCAAACAAUCCAAGACAUAAUGUGGCGAUUCUUUUAGAGCAAAGUUAGAUGACGGACAGGAAUUGUAUUCAUAUUGUCUGAUGUAAUCGAUUGCCAUGUGCAGUGUAUUGUUUUUAUAAUGUCAAUGAAAUAAUAGUGUUCAUAAGUAAAUAGACGUUAUAUAUGUUACUAGUAAAUGGUUAAAUAAUUCAAUCAGAUUAAUUACUUAGAACAGUAAAUUGUAAAGUUUAUGUAAAUAAAACCUUUUUAAGAGAUUAAAGAUAAUCACAAUUUCUAUAUCAUAAAUGUUUGCAUCAAUUAGGCCCUAUCUGUGUCGAUGGACCGUAGAACUUCUAGUAAUUAGCAGAACGGUAAUGUGUGUACCCCUUAAUGUGCCUCAUAAAUUGCUGACCUAAUUCAUUCGAGACAUCUCUAGACUGAUCCUUCCUUCAGAACGUUCCAGACGUUCUAGAUCUUUCACGAUUUACCAGCACGUUCUAGACACGCGAGAUGGUUCAUGAAAACAUCAGCGAAGGGUAUAUAACCAUGGCGUGUACAAGUUGUGGUCAGAACCAGAAAAGUGAUCAGUCCUACACGGAAGCAGCAGAGAGAAGACAUUUUAUAUCUGUGUACAGUAAACAUACACAGUGUCAGGACAUACUAAACGGUAUAUAUUCUACUUUCGAUUUGACACUUUAUAACGGACAUGGCAAACACACGUAAAGCUCCAGCUAUUGGAAUAGAUCUGGGUACGACAUAUUCCUGUGUCGGAGUAUUUCAACACGGGAAAGUGGAGAUUAUUGCCAACGAUCAGGGCAACAGGACCACGCCUAGUUAUGUGGCUUUCACAGACACGGAGAGACUGAUUGGUGACGCAGUCAAGGGUCAAGUGGCUAUGAACCCACAGAAUACUGUGUUUGAUGCAAAACGAUUAAUUGGGCGUAAAUACGAUGACCAGAAUGUCCAUUCGGACAUGAAGCAUUGGCCAUUUAAGAUCGUCAACAACGCAGGUAAACCAAAGAUUCAGGUGGAUUCCAAUGGCACCACAAAACAGUUCACACCAGAGGAGAUUAGUUCCAUGGUACUUACUAAAAUGAAGGAGACGGCCGAAGCCUUCCUGGGUCAAAAGGUCAAGGAUGCUGUGAUCACUGUGCCGGCCUACUUUAAUGACUCUCAGAGACAGGCGACAAAGGAUGCUGGGAUGAUCGCCGGACUUAACGUCCUCAGAAUUGUCAACGAACCUACCGCUGCCGCUCUGGCCUAUGGACUGGACAAGAAUAUGAAAGGAGAGAAAAAUGUCCUCAUCUUUGAUCUCGGUGGAGGAACAUUUGAUGUGUCCAUUCUAACUAUCGACGAGGGGUCAAUUUUCGAAGUGAGAUCAACUGCUGGUGACACACACUUAGGUGGGGAAGAUUUCGACAACAGGAUAGUCAAUCAUUUUGUGCAAGAGUUCAAACGGAAAUAUGGUAAAGACUUGAGUCAAAACACCAGGGCAUUGAGGAGACUACGCACUGCAUGUGAACGUGCAAAGAGGACUCUUUCGAGCAGCAGUGAAGCAAGCGUUGAAAUCGAUUCUCUGUUUGAGGGAAUAGACUUUUACAGUAAGCUCACGAGAGCAAGAUUUGAGGACUUGUGUGCCGACCUAUUCCGUUCUACUCUAGAACCUGUGGAAAAGGCACUUCGCGACGCCAAAAUGGACAAAUCGAAAAUUCACGAGAUCGUCUUGGUUGGUGGAUCUACACGUAUACCAAAGAUCCAAAAGAUGCUGGAAGAUUUCAUGAACGGAAAACAGCUCAACAAGUCCAUCAAUCCUGACGAGGCAGUGGCGUACGGUGCUGCUGUUCAGGCCGCUGUGCUCAAUGGUGACAGUAGUGACGUCAUAAAGGACGUUCUUCUAGUGGACGUGGCCCCUCUGUCCCUCGGAAUAGAAACAGCGGGAGGUGUGAUGACGAAGCUGAUCGAAAGGAAUACUAGAAUUCCAACCAAAACCUCACAGACAUUUACCACGUAUUCUGAUAACCAGCCAGGCGUCAGUAUCCAAGUGUUCGAGGGAGAGCGAGUUAUGACCAAGGACAAUAACCAACUAGGAAGGUUUGAACUAAAUGGUAUCCCUCCAGCACCACGAGGUGUUCCACAGAUCGAGGUCCAAUUUGACAUCGACGCUAAUGGGAUACUCAAUGUGUCGGCCGAGGACAAAAGCACGGGGAAAUCCAACAAAAUCACCAUCACCAACGACAAGGGGCAUCUGAGUAAAGAGGACAUUGAGAAAAUGGUAGCCGACGCAGAAAAAUACAAAGAUGAGGACGAGAAACAAAGGAAAAGAGUUUCCGCCAGGAAUGAGCUCGAGAACUAUAUUUUCAGUGUCAAACAGGCCAUGGAAAAUGUUGGAGACAAACUUUCGUCAGAGGAAAAAUCAGCUGUCAGUCAGGGAUGUGAUGAUAAUCUGAAGUGGUUGGACAGUAACACAAUGGCUGACGUGGAGGAAUACGAAUUUAAACUAAAGGAAUUCCAGAAACUGUGUUCACCUAUAAUGAGCAAACUCCACGGAGGUUCCCCACAGAGUAAUACCCGAGGGGCACCCCAAGGGAACUGUGGUCAGGAGACACGAGACAGGACAAGUACAGGCCCUACAGUGGAGGAAGUGUACUAAGGAAUCGGUCAUUAACUGUUAAUUGUAUAGUUACAUGGAUAUUGUAUAUUUAUAAGUUCGAGUAGAGAUUUACGUAAAACUUUGAAAUUGAAAUAUAUUGUACAUGCCUUAACAUUUUUGCUCAAAGAUUUUUGUUUGUUUUUGUUAACUUUGUUGAUUAUUAUUUUGAUAUACAAUUAUUCUUACGUGCACAUACGUUGUGUUUCAGUGUCAAUAUUUGCCAUGUCAUUAAGUUUUUAUCGUUGCCUUUUAUGUUCAUCUUGUUAUUAAUAAAAUAAGAUUAAAUGUGUAUCUGUGUUCUAUUAUUGAUAAGCACCAUUUUGGAAAAUGGUUUCAGCCUCGCGGAAAACAGGCUUUGUUUCAUGUAAAGCCAUAUAGCUGUGGUCACCAUAUAUUAUAUUCGGCAUGUGAUUUAAAGACAGGAUUGCAUCUUGUGUUGGAAUCUUAACCUUUGUAAUGUAUGAAGCUUAAAGCCAUACGUGUAUGCAAACACGUAUUGUAUUCUAAUCGCAUGUAUUCUAUUUUGUUUCAAACGAGUAUGUUAAAAUGGAAAAAGCUUACAUAUACAUUGUAAAACCUGUAUCGUGGUAACGAGGGGAAAACACCGCUAUACAUAGAGCUGUGGUGUGGUAACCAAGAUAAUACACCGCCAUACAUACAGCUGUGUUGUGGUAACCAAGAUAAUACACCGCCAUACAUACAGAUGUGGUGUGGUAACCACGGUGAUACACGGUCAUACAUACAGCUGUGGUGUGGUAACCACGGUGAUACACCGCCAUACAUACAGAUGUGGUGUGGUAACCAAGAUACAUGUAAUACACCGCCAUCGACAUACAGAUAUGGUGAGGUUACCAUGGUAAUAUACCGCCAUACACACAGCUGUCGUAACCAUGUCGCCACAUCGCCAUACAUUUACAUAUCUAUAGCUGUGUUGUGGUAAUCACGGUAAAUAUAUCGCACAUUAUGUUUUAGAUUGUUUGAUACUACAAAGUAUUGGGACGUUUUGAUACUGAUCUGGAAAUACAAAAGAAACACUAGGCCUAGUGAUUAACGUCUUCAUGCAUCAAUUCUAUGAUACAACAUACAAUAUAAAACUGCAUUACUACAGCUGUUUGAUCCUUUUGGGCUCUUCAUCAAAAAUGUAAUUCAGGCAACCUAAGAAACAUGAAAAUAAAGGAGGAGAAGAAUACUUACCCCAAUAAUUUAAUUGAUUUCGUAAGUUUUGGAUGAUGGUUGAAAAUAGUCUGAUCCCUUCUGCAAUGUAUUUCUCUCAUAUUGUGCAUGUACGUGGUAGGUUAGAAUUUAGAUACCGGGGGAAAUCUACCGUUAUUGUAUUGUUUCUUUGUUUUUCUGAAUUAAAAGUGCAUAACGUACGAUGAUCCCGAUUUUGUUUUUUAACCUGAAGUCACAUUGAGAUCACUGCAACAGGGCUCCCGAUUUGGGGAUGAACAUGGUCAAUUACUGGUCGUCGAAAUAAAAAAAUCAUGUCUAA